AAAGGCCCAACUAUACAUACACUAGACAAAUGCCCUACGAGCAGACUCAGUGUUUCAUCAUCUUUACUCUAUCCUUUUACUGAUUCGUCGCUCAUAGAAGAGCUUUUGCAAAAAGGUGAGAUUAUGGGAGGACCAGCUUACGAUUGUCUUACUAACCCAUCGGGAGCCGUUCGAUUCUCAUUCGCCAACGCUCUUUCUUCGGGAUACGAUCCGGCGUCGUCUCAUGGGAAAGACUGGGGCGUCGUCGAUUUGUUCCGUCACUACUUCUCCGACGAAUCUGCCAUCUCCCAGGUUCCAAUUCUUGAUUCGUCAAGUAUCAAGUGGGUGCAGCCCAAUACUCUUGUUCGGUUCCGUGGAAUGAUACAAGACAUGCUUGGAAAUGAAUUCUAUGCUGGUGCUUACAAGGAUGAUGCAACAUGGAGAACCAAUAAGUACAGUGAUGUUUCCCAGUUUCCUACUGGUUCUUCCUCUGACAUGCAAGUUUGGGAGCGUCGUCUACUCUACUGUGUUCCUGUUCCAGGGCAAAACCAAUGGACUGAAUGUUCUUCUGCGGAGCUGAAGAACCGUUUUUUGGAACUAACUGGCCAAAACAGGGAGAAACGUGUGAGGGUUGAUGAAGAAAUGACUGAUUCCAUGGACUCAAACACUCUUGAAGCUGGACUUAACGGCUCACCUUUCAAAAAACUGAAAGCAGAGGAAGCUACCUCAUCAGCUUCUGAGAGUCAGGUUCCCAGGACUGAUGGUGCUCCACAGAGAUCUGUUCUUCCACCUGCUACUAGUGCAGAGUCUCUACCUUGUCUUGUGAAGGUUUAUGAUUCUCCAGAGUCAGACUUGAAGCUAAAUGAAGUGGUUGAGUUCCUUGGAGUGUUGACUUUCGAUCCAAACACUAUGAUGGAUAUGGAUUCACCUGAUGACAACACUGAUGCUUUUUCUGAAGCUGAAUCUGUUCAGAUGCCAUCUGGAAAAGUUCCACGCCUCCAUUGUCUUAUCCACAGGAAGCUUGAAACACAACAUUUCCUGCAUGGUUCUCCCUUGUUAACAGAGCUUAAAUCUCCUCAAAUGUUCAGAGAGAUAAGAGAUAGUUUGAUGAAGUAUCUAACCGGUCUACUUGGUAAUGAUCACAUUGCAGCAGAGUUACUAUUGUUACAUCUUCUGUCAAAGGUGCAUGGAAGAGUUGAUAACGUAGCUGUUGGGAAGCUUUCACUUAAUCUCACACACCUUAAUAAAGAAAGCAUGUCGAUCUUUGGUACACAGCUCCGCAAUGCCCUCAAAAGCCUCUUACCAUUCACACAAUCUAUACCACUUACUAUUGAAUAUCUCAACACCGCCUCCCUCGGUCCCAAGAAAGACUAUGGAACCAACAGAUUGGUGCCUGGAGUUCUACAAGUUGCUGAUGGCACACACUUGAUAUUGGACGAAACAGAGUUGCAACCAGGGACCUUGAACUCUGUUGGAGUUGAGAAUGCAAACCUGCUUAAAAACCUCUUGGAAUGUCAAAAGGUGGAGUAUGAUUUUCAAUAUUAUAAAAUGGAAAUGGCUACUGAUGCUCAGAUGCUCAUCUUCUCCGAGGGAAAAUCAAACAUAAUGCCUGCUGAUAUGGUUGUACCGUUUCAACCUUCCCAAGUGAAUCCAAUGCAAGUCAUCACACCAGAGACAGCACAAGCUUGGAGGUGUUACUUAGCCACUUGCAAAUCGUUGUCUCACUCCAUUGGGCAAGAAUUGCAACAGGUAUUGGAGAAUGAUUUGGUUGCAGCAAGACAAACUGAUCGUAGUUUAGGUAGCCAAGACUUGAGCAGAUUGUUGACUAUGGCUCGCAUGAUGUCUGUGAGUUAUGGUGAGGCUACGCUUUCGCUAGAGCACUGGCAAAUGGUGUUGGAGCUAGAAAGACUUAGGAAGGAGAGGCUCAACUAAAACAAUGGCGUCCUAUGUGGUUUGUAGCUUAUUUGGAUAUUGUAAUCUCCACUUUGUUAUGAUAAAGAACAAUGGUUUCAGCGUUUAAAUGAUUUGCAAAACUGUACGUUAAAAACAUAAUCAUCUUUAAUCUCACAAGGUAAUCAAACAGUGUAGG